AUGGCAGCGGCCAGCAGUAUUCAGGAACUGGCUACUGCUCUUCCUCCAUGCGCUCUGAAAUGCCUGGUGGCGGGAAUAGAGCAAUCGAGUUGUGGCAUGACCAACCAGACCUGUAUAUGCACCGAUACUGAAUUGAACACGAAUGUCGAGGCAUGUGUAUUGAUGAGCUGCACGAUCAAGCAAUCUCUGACUACGAAAAAUGUGACCAAAACGGCAUGCGAUGCUCCCAUACGGGACCGAACAAAGAUUGUGUCUGUUGCCGGUGUUGUUGGAGGUGUACUGUCCGUGGUCGCGUUUAUUCUCCGGGUUGCUGCAAGAUUCCGUUGCCUUGGCGGCCAAUUCGGAUGGGAUGAUGCGACAAUGGUGUUUACAAUGAUGAUGGUGAUUCCAUUGUCCGCGUUCUCGGUAGUCUUGGCCGACACAGGUCUUGGAAAGGAUAUGUGGACGCUUCCCUUCAAGAACAUCACUCACAUACUUUAUAUAUACAUGAUCGAUGAGGUUCUCUACCUGAGUAUCCUUCCGAUGACCAAGAUAUCCAUCCUCUGUUUCUACCUACGCGUCUUCCCCAAGAAGGAAAUCCGUAUGGCAACCUACGUUGUCAUGGCGCUCUGUGUCGGCUACCUGAUCUCGUUCGUUUUGAUUUCGGUCUUCCAGUGCGACCCGAUUAAUGGCGCAUAUCUGCGUUGGGACGGCGAGCACAACUUCAAAUGCAACAACAUCAACGCCCAAGGAUGGGCGGCCGCUAUCGCCAACAUGAUUCUUGAUAUCAUCGUCAUGGCUUUGCCGCUCCGGGAGUUAUACAACUUGAACUUGUCGCUGCGAAAGAAGCUGGGUGUUCUGUGCAUGUUCAGUCUGGGUAUUUUUGUCACCUUGGUCAGUAUCCUGCGGUUGGAAUCACUCAUCAAGUUCGCCACGACACAAAACGUCACAUGGGACUACGUCGAAAUCGGAUACUGGAGUACAAUCGAAUGCCAUGUCGGCGUGAUCUGCGCCUGUCUCCCAGCCAUCCGCUCACUACUGCGCCGUGUCUUUCCCGCUGCAUUCGGAGACACGACCAAGGGUGCUUCCAAGGGCACUUCCAACACCUAUUCCACAUCUCGAUCCGGCGCCGGAUCGCGCCUGGAAGGCAAAUUCUCAGCCAAGGUCAAGGGCGGCGACGAAGAUCAUUUCGUGCCGCUUGUUGACAUGGACAAUUCCAGUCACGCCCAUCUGGGACAUGCACAUUCGCAAGCAUGA